AGAACUCUGUCAUGAUAAUAAAAAUAUUUAUUUUUCUUAUUAAUUACUCAGUUCCUUGAAUAAAUUUGUUUACAUUUUGUCGCUACGCUAGCGCAUGGACACUUCUCCCACUCUUUCCUAUCAGCCAAUAACCGUCCAUCUUCUAUCCUUCAGUGUCGGGUUCACUUAUAGGAAAACUGCUGCGUUAGGUGCGUUUCACUUAACGCUCGCAACGAUCGCGAGUAUCAUUCUAUCCUUCUUUCGUUCGGAUGUUAAACAAAAACAGAACGGUGCUUGCAAUCGUUAAGUAGAACCUGCCCCUUAUAGAAAUAUUACAUAUAUGACACCACGAACACAACUAAGGUGAUAUAUAUAACACACAUGAUAUAUACAACACGAAAGUUGCUCACCUAAUGGCAGCACCAAUCAAAGAAGAGAACACGAUCCGCCUCACUCUCUCUAGCUUCUCUCUGCGUGUCCAAUCUCUGAUUGUAGGGUCUCUAGUUUCCUAUGAAAUAACAUGUCCGCCUCGCGGGAGAAGAAAGCGUGUCAAUUAUUAGUACUUCAAUUUUUUAGCAAUUACAGUUGGACGUAUGGCACUCUUGUUGAGUUAGCCGCGCGAAAUUAAUUUGCAAUAGAAGAUGAGUUUCUCCGUGAAGAAGACCGGUGGCAGAAUGUGGCACGAGGCACGCAAGCAGGAAAAGAAGAUACGCGGAAUGCUGGUCGAUUAUCGUCGUCGAGCGGAACGUAGACGAGAUUACUACGAGAAAAUCAAGUCAGAUCCUACGCAAUUUCUUCAACUACAUGGCAGACCUUGCAAGAUUCACUUGGAUCCAGCGAUAGCUGCUGCAGGUGCCAGCCCUGCCAAUAUAAUGCCUUGGCAAGGCAACGAAGACAAUCUCAUAGAUCGCUUUGAUGUAAGAGCACAUCUUGAUUGGAUACCAGAGGCACCAGACACGAUCGAUGUUGAUAUUGCUCUGACAAGUGAAGAUAGACAUAUCAAUUAUGAACGCUACCGUAUUAUCGUUCAAAAUGAAUUUUUAGGUGUGGCUGAAGAAAAGUUUCUCCAUCAAAUAUAUUUGGAGGAGCAGUUUGGUUCAUCCACAAAAUUGGAUGCCAAAGAUAAGAAAAAGUCUGCCAAUAGUGCUGCCAUUGGAUACAAUUACGAGACAGAAGAACCGAUACCUGAGCCAGUAAAACCGAUAGACCCUGUUAUAUCGGAAGAUAAGGCAGAUGACGAAGAUAGCGAUAUAGAUUUAGACAUAUGUGUGGAUGUAUCUCAAAUAGAACCAUCUCAGGCGCAUGAGAUGAAUUUGGUAGCUCAAAAAUAUGGACUCCUAGGUGCUGAUUAUUUUAGCUUUCUAACGCAAGAUUUCGAAGAAGCUGAAACUCUGCGGCAAGCCCGAAAGCAAGAGGAGGAGAAAGCCAUGUAUUCGGGUCGACGAUCGCGUAGGGAGCGACGAGCAUUCAGAGAAAAAAAGAUGAUAGGUCGCGUGAUGAGUCCACCUAGUUACGCGGCGAGGGAGAGUCCGGAGUACAAUCCCUACAGAAAGUCUUCUUCCAAGUCGCGAUCGCGUUCCGCAUCGCCUGUAAAUACCGGACAGAUUACUUACAUCACGAGUUUCGGCGGGGAGGAGGAAACUCACGGCAGUACCUCGCACGUCACAUCGUCGUACUCAAAAAAGGUCAAUUAUUCGUACCUCAGACGGCGGCGAUCAGAGAGUCCCACUUUCAGUGAAAGAACAGUCAGUAGGAAACUGUCGAAGUCUAGGUCGAGAAGUUGUUCACGCUCUGUUAGUAGGACUAAAUCGUAUAAAGCACGCGAUAGAAAGCGAAGUGGAUCCAGGAUAAGAUCCAGAAGGGCUCGCUCGAGACCUCGAAAGUUCACCAGAUCCAGGACAAGAAGCCGGUCCAGGCGAUCACGAAGUAAAUCACGAUCGCGCUGCAGGAGCAUCAGCCGAUCUCGAUCCAGGUCUACUGUUUCCCGAUCUAGGUCUCGUUCGCGUUUGAAGAGAUCUAGGAGCGUGUCUUCGAGCAGCGUAUCGAAAUCGAGAUCUAGAUCACGCAAUAGGAGCCAUUCGAGAGAUAGCUAUCGGAAAAGACGUUACUCGCCGUCUAAGUCAAGAUCCAAGUCACGAUCGAGAUCGAAAUCUCCGACGAGAUCUAGAAGUCGGUCAAGAAGUCAGUCGAGCUGUAAACGAUCGCGGAGUGAUGACAAUAAGACACCAGCACUGCCAAGGUACUAUGGCCGACGUGGGAAGUCGUCGAGUCUUGAAUUAGAACUGUCCGAUAACGAAGAGAAAGCCAGUCCAGCAGCGCCGAAGCCGCCGAUAAUUAACACAAGCACGAACAAGCCAAAAGCAGGGUUAAGUACAAAUUCUGGUGGCGGACACAAAUCACUGAAAAUCACACCUCAGGAGCGGCUUAAGAAAAAAAUGCAGGCUCUAUUGAAUAGACAAUAUAAAGCUGACAAGAAGGCCGAGCAACUAAGAAUUGAGAAAAUGGAGCAGCAGAGGCAAGACCGGGAAGACGAGAUUCGAGAGAUGUCCCUAAAACUCCGUAGAAAGCAAAGAGAGCGAAGGCAUCGCUACGAAGGCCACAGUUCCGAUACACGUUCUUCCGCGUCUCGCACGUCAAGCCCUAGCCGUAGUCCCCGACAUCAUGUCGUGCGUCGCGAGAGAAGAGAUCGAGACAUAGAUGGCGAUCGUGAUAGAGAAAGAGAAAGAGACAGGGAAAGAGACAGAGAUUAUCGACGCGAUGAUCGCGAUCGUGAUCGUGAUCGCAAUAGAAACGAUUCACGUAGAAGGCAUAGGGAUUCACCACCUCGUUCACUGAGCCCCAGGAGCAGUCGAGGCCUAGUCGACUAUUGACUUCAGGAUACACGUUUCAUCUUCCAUCCGGAUGUUAAAGGACAGAGAUGAGUUAAAAUAUGUUUCAAAUACUUCCCGUUCAACCGUAUUCUUUCCUCAAAAAAUCGCUGUAACUAACGUUUCAAAGGAAUCGUGUGCUACGGGGAAAUUGUAUGAAACUACCGGUAUCAUCCUCCUAAGAAGCGUCGUGAAAUAGCAUCACUUAUAUAAAUCUGCUAAUAUAUAUAUAUAUAUAUCAGAUAUGUGGAAGUAUUUGUAUAUCCAUAUUUCUACUUGGCGCGAUUGUUACACGCGAUGAGCAUGCGCAAACCAGCGUGCAACACUAUCGCGAGGAUUGUAUUUGUAAGUUUUACUUCAAAAAGAGAGGAAUUAUCUUCGGAAGAUACGUUACUAUUGUACUUUAGAGUUGAGCGCACUUCGCUAUUUAUUAGAUACCAAUUAUUGUUAGAUAAUUGUUCAAUAAAGGCGUUUAUUGCGCAACGGGUAAAUGUCGUAAAUAAUA